CAGAGUUCAGUGGACAGACAAUUACUUUAGUGAGUGGAACUAACUCAGAGCGGAGGACUGGAUUACAUUGAACAAGAUGAUUUUGCUUUGGCUUACAUUGUUUUUUAUUAAAGAAUUACAUGGUUUGCGUUUGUUAGAUUUGGAAGUCCCAAGUGUUGUUGAGAGUGGUGAUCCUGUAUGGCUGAACUGUUCAUUUGAUUUGGAACACGAUGAUCUGUAUUCUGUAAAAUGGUACAAAAACAGUGUAGAGUUUUAUCGUUAUCUUCCAAAGGAGGAACCUAGAGCUCACCAGUACGAACUACCUGGAGUUUAUAUUGAUUUGGAGAGAUCUGGAGAAAAUUACGUGUCAUUAUCCCAAACAGACUUGGAUUCAGAAGGAACCUACCGAUGUGAAGUCUCAGCUGAAGCGCCCUCUUUCCAAACGGAAAGGGCAGAACGUGAGCUUAAAACAUAUGAGCUUCCGAAGGAGGACCCAGUAAUGGAAGGAAUUCAAGACAGUUACAGUCCAGGGGACGUUGUUGACGUCACUUGUGUCGCAGCACCCUCCAAACCAGCCGCUGUUCUGAAAUGGUUUAUUAACGAUAAAGAGACACCCAAGAAUUAUCAAAAACCACUUUUACCAAUAACAAAAGAAAAACUGUUUGGUUCCAAGUUAGCUCUAACCUUCGUCGUCAAGCAAACGCACCAGUGGAACAACCCCACCCACAUACGUUGCACCUCUGUGAUAGUACAGGAAUAUUCACAGAGCAUAGAGGAGCUAUUUAUUAGGGAUAUAAAAUCCACCGAACUUCGUGCAGCAAAGGAUGGACCACAAAUAUCUGGAUUAAAGUCAAAUUAUGAACUUGGAGACAAAGUUAAUGCCAAUUGUAGUUUGCCAAAGGUUGUUAGUCCUCCUAUCCUGAGAUGGUAUGUCAACAAAGAAGAGGUCAUGCCUGACCAGUUAGAUCAGUAUCAGACUAUUGAGUGUAAGGAUGGUUAUAAAACUGCUCUUCUGGGACUUCAUUUUACGAUCACAGAAAAACAUUUCCGAAACGGAGAAAUGAGACUAAAUUGUACAGCCACAUUUUCUAAAGUUAUUGAUAGAAGAGACGUAGAUGCAGUUAUAGGAACAAACCAGCAGAGCUCGGGACUGCAGUUAUCUGAGAAAAAAACAAAAGGUACAAAUGGCAGUGUCGUCUUAUACAAAUUACCUUGGAGAUUUCUAAGCCACAUUUUUAUAAUAUCUUUAAUCUUACAGUAACAUGUUGGAAGAAGUUCAUUACUAAGAAAUUUGAGAAAUUGAAAGGAGCUCUUUGAAUCUGAUAAAGAGUCGCCAUGCAGUUGGUUAAAUCAGUAAAGUUGACUUUCGAACUGGCAUACAUACCAGACACAUGCACAUAUAAUAACUUAAAGAAACGUUCGUAUUCUGUGAAAUCUGGUGUUACAAAGUAGCAUCGUAUUUUAUUGAUUACAAAAAAAAAAAAAACUAGCAGAUAAUUUAACAACACCGGCUUCGGACUUUUCAACGUGUCAGAGCACCUUUUCGUGCACACAUUUGUUUUUAACAAUAUGCUUUAGUUAAAAAGCUUGAACGUUUCAUUCUUUAGUGUGAAAGAAAAAGAAUGUUUUGCUCUUAAUUCAUGAAGACUUUAGGCCUAUAUUAUUGUUUGAUUUUUAAAAUUUGUACAUGUGCAAUUGAUUAAGAUGGUUAAGUGCACAUUUUAAAUACCACCAAAAAAUGGCGAUGUUCGUCUCGUUGAACCACACCUUAUUAUUUGGCUCAGAUAAAGCACGGCGCAGAAACGACCAACCUCAAGAUCUCGUGACUGACUGUGAUAUUUCUACAUUUCAUGUUACUUGUUUGAUUCAAGCUUAAAGUCAUUAUGACGUUUAACUUAUAGAAGGUUCAUCAAAGAAAUAAAAAAAUAAUAAUCCAACAAACAGCAUUUGCGCUUCUAAUCAGUUAUUCAGUACAGCUAUUUUCAAUUAGAUCUUCCCCAGUUUUAUCAGAAAACGAUAUAUUUGUGCUCUAUGUUUGUCAUUUUAACCCUAAAAAUACUUAAAUUUAAUUUCGAUUAACUAAAUCUGUUAUAAAAAAGUACUUAUUUCAAUAUUCCAGUCUCUGUCUCUGCAAAGUUAUUCAUGCUUUGAUUUGUCAUUUUAUAAUAUGUUAGUCUCAUUUUAAUAUUAUAUUCUUAAUUCCUGAAAGUGUUUUAUUAACUAUAUGGCUUCUAUAUUAGUAAAACAGACACACAGCAAUCGAUUUCAUCUUCAGUGUAAGGUUAAUAUUAUCUUGUUUGUCUUUUAUUGCAACCUGUGUCUCAUGAGUUAUAACAUCUAAAAAUGUGGUUGAUGUCUAGUAUAUACUUCAGUGUACCAGAUUUGAUUAAAUUGCUAU